AUGGAUAGCAGCCAGAAUCUUUCGAAUAAGGAGGUGGAAAAGACUGAGAAGAAAGCUGUAAUUCCACUAAGAAGAGUGAAGCAAGAGAAGGCUGUCAAGAUCCCACAACUAAAUGAUGAUUCUAUAUCGUCAGAAGAUUGUGAACAUCAUUCACUGUGGGAAAAGAGUCACCUGUUUCAAACUUCGAGGAGCCUACACGCAGACGCAAGCCUCAGUUGA